CUCCACUCGACACUCGACCCCCCCCUCGACACUUUCUCACAUGUCAGCCUGAAUAAUUUCCAUCAUGUCUUACCUGAUCAGCUGCUCCAAUUCCGCUUCUUCCGUCUUCGUUCCUCGAUCACUUGUGCUGUUUCCGGCUCUGGAGAUAUUACAGUUCAUGUCGACUUCUAUUGUUAGUUUGGGAUGAAGUAGUUUGGUUUGUGAAUGGUAUGGCACUUUAAUACCCAUUGCACGGUGCACGGUAGAUAGGUGGAUAUGAUUGACCACGUCCUUGGUCGUCCGUCCGUAAAGUACCGGAAGUAUGAGGUGCUUGCUGCUGUCUGCUUCUGGUCCCUCUUCCUAUACAAAGGCGGACCCCACGGACCACCGGUCAUCCGACGUAUCUCAAACUACCUCACCCCGCGGAUCACUGCGUACCGAACCGUAGUUCUCACCCUCCUCUACCUCUACACCUGCCGCAACCUCGCCCCCCUCGCCGGCCUCGAGUCCCCAGAACCCCUCGCCAACCUCUACUCUCGAUCCUAUUUCCGCGCAACAUGGGUCACGACCGCCCUCGACGCCGGGUUCUGGACCGCGAUGCGCAUCCGCCGGAAAUGGCUCCGUGACUCGCUGUCCAUGGUCUUCUCGGUGUAUUACCUGAUCUGCGCGCAGCAGGCGGACGAGAAGGUGCGGAAGGUGAGGGGGGCGCUCACGUUGGAUCAUCUGCGGGUAAGCUGGAAUAAGUCGCAGACGCCGUACUUGAAGUUUUUGGGCGACUUGAUGCGGCCGCGGUUCACGCGGUAUCCGCCGAGGGCAAUUCGGAUCCCGAGGCCGAAGCAAAGUGUGUACAAGGAGCCCAUUUCCGCGUGGCUGUACUUCGAUGGACCCGUCUCGGCGUUGAAGAGGCAGACGAAGAUUGUACUGGAUAUCCCAGGGGGUGGCUUUGUUUCGAUGAGUCCGAGGACUUACGAUGAUAAGCUAAUUGCUUGGGCCGGGAAGAUGGGCAUUGCGGUUCUCAGUCUUGAUUACCGCAAGGCACCGGAGUACCCUUACCCUUAUGCUCUGAACGAGUGCUAUGAUGUGUAUCAUACACUGAUUACGUCGAGAGGACGAUGUGUGGGCAUGUCGGGCGACGACGUGCCGCGGGUUAUCGUCUCCGGCGAUAGUGCAGGGGGCAACUUGGCUGCAGGUAUGGUGUUGAUGAUUCUGCAAGCCGCUUCGACGGACACAAGACGGCUUUUGGGCGAGAAAGUGCUUCCGCCUCCGGAAGGCGUGGUCCUCGUUUAUCCCGCGCUUGAUGUCAACGUCGGAAAUUGGAUGACGGACGAGCAAAUGUCUCUAAUUAGGGACCGCCGGUCUCGUCAGACCAACCAGAGCAUUCUAAAACGCAAAAGUUCGGAAUAUCGGAAGCUUGCGCCAGACACGCCAGCUCCUAGCGACGAUGAGGAUGAUGGUCCAGAAACUGACCUAGAGAUGAAACCGGCCAACAAAAUCGAAGAUGCGGGCAUUAAGGAGAGCGAAACAGCCAUCCAUCUCCCAGCUGCUCGCACAAAUACCGAUACCCAGGCAAAACCACCAGCAGAUCAGUCAAUCGAACUCGACCGUACAAUAAAGACCAGUACUGGUGAGAUACAAGCACAACCCAACAGGAUCCUUCGGACCCGCGUUGCAACACCGUCUCUCCUUUCAUACUUCAAUGACCGCAUCCUCACACCCGAGAUGCUACGCGCCAUGAUCAUCCUCUACAUCGGUCCGCACAACCGCCCCUCCUUUUCUACCGACUACCUCCUCUCCCCCGUCCUCGCCCCUGAGACUCUCCUCCGCCAUUUUCCCCCUUUACGCAUCCUCACCGGCGAGCGCGAUCCCCUCGUCGACGACACCGUCAUCUUCGCCGGACGCGUCCGCCAGGCGCGUCGGGUCUGGGGUCGCGAACGACGCGAGCUCGGCCUCACCGCCCUGGCCAGCUCGUCGCAGCUGACGAACGGCGUUCGUCGCGGACGGCCACCUCCAACGAAGCCCGACAUGGGAUCCGAGGCGGACCGGCACGUCCGCGUGACGCUCAUCCCAGGCAUUUCGCACGGAUUCCUGAAUUUCGUCGGGGUUUUUCCCGAGGGGUGGAAGUUCGUCCACCGGUGCGCGCACUGGAUGGAGGAACUAUUCGCGGAGAACGACCGCGAGAUGUGGGCGAGGGAGAGUGAAGCGGGGCCGUGUAGCACGACGGCGUAUCCGCAUCACUUUGUCAAUGGCGAUGGCAUGGUGACGGUGACGCCGGGACCCGCCAUGGGGGAGGAAGCGGAUAUGCAGAGUGGGUAUUUUGACAGUCCUGAAGAAAGGGACCGACGGCAUCACCGUCGUAAGAAAACCGAGAGCGAAGGAGAGGACGACCUCCCUCUUGAGAUGAGCUUUGUGCGACGACCUGGGUCGACGGCUCCUCAGGAAGAGCCGAGGAAAGCGAAUGGAGUUCCUAACGGAGUAGGAAAGAGCAUCCAGGAGAGGCAGAAGGAUGCGAAUAGGAGGAGAGGAGGAGAUGAUAGCCUCGGAAGGAAUAAACGCCGGAGUUUGGUGAGUUUGGCGAGCGAGGAGGACUUGCUGGGUCGGCGCAUGAAAGGUCUGACGGGUGGAUUACUAGGCGGGCAGGAUGAUAUGCCGCCGACGCCUUGAGGUUGGAGUGCGUGUAAAUUGCAUCUAGUGGUGUUUGGUCCUAAUAGUCGUCCCAUGUUAGCCCGCAAGUUUGUUAGAGCCACAGUGCUUGAUGAUUUCCUCUAGCACGGCGCCUUUGGCAAUGUCGACCGCCGUCUCUCCCGACGAGUUUCGAAUGUUAUAGUCCGCCCCCUUUUUGAGAAAGUACG